GUCACUCUUUUGAACGUGCUCAAUCAUUGAAAGCGAAUCUGCUCAGCAACAGUGCUUUGAACCAGUUCACUUGUCCCUGGGAUUAUAACACAUUAAUGGUCAAACAUACACGUGCGCGGAACAUAGGCCCUUGGGAAGAAAUAUACUGGCGCUAUCACUGGAAGAACUCGGACCCAGUUUUGUUGACACGAAAACUCGGGGUAGAAAAUUGGAUUCUUUUACAGGAUAAGCUCAAGAAGAUACCGCGGAUGGAGAAUACUGUAUCGGAUCCAACUGCAGUGCUCGUCGGUCUUCAAAAUAUGGACAAAGAACACCCUGCCGUCAAACUUGCCAACAUCUGGUCAGAGGCGUAUGACGGAGGGUCUUACACGAAGGGAAUGUCUAAGAAGGAGCGCAGACAAUUCAUGAUGACAAAUCUGAACAAACAAGCUAGAGAGGGCUACAAAUUCUGGUAUCGUGAAAGACCGAAGCAUACGAGAUUCGGACUGUACUCGAUGGGUGCCAAACAUACAUUCCUUGGGCUCAGCAAUGCACCGAGAAGUUGAAGUGGUGGAUGACCAUGCGACUCAUACAUUUUCAAUUCCUGAAGCCGACACUGUUUUAAGUUAUUUUGUAAUCAUUAGCAGACAUCAUGACGCCGAUGUACAAAAUACAUGAUUGUAGUAAC